CGUGGAGACCAUUUGCGGAUCGGCCAGAAAUGCCGCCUCUCCGGGGGAAGCAAGUGAGACAAAGCCCAGAAGUCUGUCCUGCCUGCCUCUGUAAUCUGGCGCUAUGCAUCCAGCUCCUUGGCCCUUACAGACACUGCUGUAUGUUGUUGCUCUUACGAUUCUGUGUCCUUCUGUGAAUUCAGACUUGGCACCUUAUUUUGUUUCUGAGCCACUGUCUGCCGUCCAGAAACUUGGUGGACCCAUAGUCCUACGUUGUUCUGCUAAACCUGUGACCGCUCAUAUCUCGUGGUUGCAUAAUGGAAAACGAUUGGAUAGAAACAUGGAACAGAUCGAGAUUCAUCAGGGGACUUUGACUAUCCUGUCUCUUAACCCCUCCCUUUCGGGUUCCUACCAGUGCAUCGCCAACAACAGCAUCGGAGCCAUUGUCAGCAGCCCUGCGACAGUUGCCACUGCUGUUCUCGGUGAUUUUGGUUCAGCAACAAAGCAUGUUAUUACAGCAGAAGAAAAAAGUACUGGUUUCAUUGGCUGCAAGGUACCGGACAGUAACCCCAAGGCUGAGGUGCGCUAUAAAAUCCGGGGAAAGUGGCUGAAACAUUCCACAGAGAAUUACUUAAUCCUUCCAUCAGGGAAUCUUCAGAUUUUGAAUGUAUCUUUAGAGGACAAGGGAUCAUAUAAAUGUGCAGCUUUUAAUCCUGUCACACGUGAAUUAAAAGUUGAACCCAUUGGCCGAAAGCUUCUUGUGAGUCGCCCUUCUUCAGAGGAUUUUCGUAUUCUUCACCCCACCCUGUCACAGGCAUUAGCUGUCCUUUCUCAUAGCCCUGUCACCCUGGAGUGUGUGGUGAGUGGGGUCCCAGCUUCUCAAGUGCACUGGCUGAAGGAUGGUCAGGACGCUCUGCAGGGAAGCAACUGGAGAAGGUUGUAUUCUCAUCUUGCCACAGAUAGCAUUGACCCAACGGACUCAGGAAACUAUUCUUGUAUAGUGGGAAACAAGUCUGGAGACAUACAACGUGUGACUUACAUGGUUAAUGUACUUGUUCCUUUUGAAACAAAUACAAAAGCGGAAAUGGUCACAGCUUCCAAUCCCACUCAGAAUGAUAAAAGAGAUGGUUCAGAAGCUCGAUUAUUGAGCUCCUUUCCAGUGAAGGAACACUCUAGUGCAGUGGACUCAGCACCAGAGAAAAAUGCUAGUGCUGCCUCGGUCCCUGAUGCCCCCAUCAUUCUGAGCCCUCCGCAGACCUACACAGCUGAUACAUACCACCUGGUCUGGAGGGCGGGGAAGGAUGGCGGACUGCCCAUCAAUGCCUAUUUCGUGAAGUAUCGAAAGCUAGAUGAUGGUGUUGGCCUGGUGGGAAGCUGGCACACGGUUCGAGUCCCAGGAAGUGAAAAUGAGCUCCAUUUAACUGAACUGGAGCCCUCUAGUCUCUAUGAAGUUUUGAUGGUCGCAAGAAGUGCAGCAGGUGAAGGGCAGCCUGCCAUGCUCACCUUCCGAACCAGCAAAGAGAAAACAACCUCGUCAAAAAACACGCAGGCUUCCUCUCCCCCCAUGGGCAUCCCUCGGCGCCCUGUUGUUUCAGAGGCUGUGGACAAUUUUGGAGUGGUCCUUACAGAUUCCUCUAGGCAUAGUGGAGAUCUUGGUAACUCGGUGUCAUGA